UCGAGCACCGUGGAAAUGAACCGCCCCUCUCCGCUUAAAAAAAAACGGGUCGCCCCUCUCCUUCCUCCGCCGCUCAGAGUCCAGAAGCCUCCGGCGGCGGCGGCGGUGUCGGCGGGGAUGAGCACGUGGAACUCCGUCGUGACGGCGCACAAGCCCACCAGCGUCAGCCGCUCCUUCGUCGGCGACUUCACCAGCUCAACCUCACCGUCGUAUUGCCAAACCUUCCAGGAAAUGCGCCCGCUCUCACGCCGCAGGCCCUUCAUUCAGGGUGGUGAUGAAGCAAGAGACGACCUGAUGGUAGGCAACACCACUUUGUUGACGAGUGAUUAUACCAAUCCAGCCAUCUUUUCAUUGAGUUUACUGUCAGAAAAUGCAUACAUCUCUGCAGUUAUUUUACAGAUAAAGCAAUUCAUCAUGAUCUGCAGAGGCAUUUGGUUGAGUUGGUGACAGUCUGGCAGGUACACAUGAUCUGCACAGGCAUUUGGUUGACCCUGCAAUCUAACCAUUUCUUACUAUUGUUGCCGUGUUGGUGUUUGUGCUGAAAGGAUCGUGAAGCGUCCGUGCCUGCGGUACAGGUCUCACAUGGGCCGCAAUUUAUCGAGGUCCGUACCUCUAUGAUGCUCUCGGAUUAAUGGCCGCCAUUUGUCUAUGCGCAACCAGAUGAGCAUACCUAGGGUCCAGAGAUGGCAUCGAUUCUGUGCUGCUGAUCGAGAUUUGAAUCAAUACUAAUUUUUAAAGGCUCUGUGUCUGGCUUUGUGGAUCCUAUGUAGGUAGUGAGUGGUGUCUGAGGUAAUUGUGUCCAUGGAAUAAUCUUGACCUGAAAUAUCGUUUGGAUGGAGCACUGUGCAAUACAUACAUUUGUGCCAGAGGAAGAUGGAAAUGUAAAUUUUCUUUUUAAUGCACCA